CCGGAAGUAAAACCAUUUCUCCACAGAGGUUGAAGAGUGGCGUGUUUGAGACAAAACGAGCACCUGCCGAGCAACAAUUGUCGCAUAUCAGUAUUAUGCCCAACUACCUAGAAAUAAACUAAUACACUGAAUGUUACUGGCGAUUUAAGCACGUUCAUUAUGGGAGAUGCCAACAUAGAUUACAACAUCGUAUUUCCAGAGUCGUUCGUUACGGAGAGACACUGGCAAGGAUCAAAGGAGCCAGUGGUCGUACUGCUGGGCUGGGGUGGCUGCAAAGACAAACAUCUGACAAAGUACAGCUCAAUUUACAAUGAAAGGGGUUGCAUUACAGUUCGCUACACAGCUCCCUUGAAGACUGUUUUUAUUUCAGAGGCAUUUGGCUACAAAGAGUUGAACACCAUUGCCCUCAGACUGCUGGAACUUCUGUACGAUUACGAGGUGGAGAACAACCCCGUUUUCUUCCACGUUUUCAGCAACGGGGGCUUCAUGCUGUACCGGUACAUGGCUGAGCUCCUGCAGAGCCAUAGCCGCUUCAGCACCCUCAGGGUGGUGGGGGCCGUGGUAGACAGCGCCCCUGGAAGCCAAAACGUGAGGGGGGCCUUGCGCGCCAUCACGGCCGCGCUGGGACCCAACACCAACGCGGUGGUGCUCUACUGCCUCCUGGGGCUCUUCGGCUUCGCGGUGUUCCUGCUGAGGGUCGUGCUGUACUCGGUGACCAAGUACAUCCACAAGAACCACUACGACGCCAUGCGAGACUGCCCGCCGGCCUGGCCCCAGCUGUACCUGUACUCCCGGGCGGACCGGGUGAUCCGGCACGGGGACGUGGAGCAGAUGGUGAAGGUGGUGCGGGGGAAGGGCGCGGGGGCGGACAGUUUUGACUUCGGCACCUCGGCCCACGUCAGCCAUUUCCGCGACUUCCCGGAGGAGUACUCCAGCCGGUGCCUGGCUUUCCUGACGAGGUGCGCCCAGACGUCUGCGGGCGCCCAGAAGAAACAGCGCGUCUCCGUGGCGAACUAAGUCACCCUUAACCCUGCGUGACCUCGACGGGCUUAAUAAUAUUCACACUGCGCCUUGCUGUGGAGCACAGCGCUAAGCUUGAGUCGCAUUUUCCAGGGUGGGCAAAUUUACUGUGUGACGGCCAGCCUCCUGAACAAUUGAUAUUUUUGGAGGGAAAUUUCAGAGCAGACACUGUAAUUAUAUAGUCACACAAAAAUUAAUGAAAAUUAAAUUUCAAUUAAGAUUUUUUUUUUGUGUAUUUGAGAAUUCCAAAUACAUUCCAAGUGAACUGGUUCUUGACAAGCAUCUGCAUUGUGCCAGGUUCUCUUGGCAGAAGAUGCUAUAGUUGCAUGCACCUCAGUUGAAUUGAAAGACUUCAGUCACUUGUGCUUAUAGUGUGAAUAUAGGGUUCUAAUAGCAGCAGUCUAGACAUUCAAUAUGUUAAAGGAAUUCUUGUGAAUCUACUGUAAAGUUACUCAUUAAUGUUUUACUGUAAUAACACACCUCAGAAACUUUGGUUGUGAGGAUUGAAGUGGAUCAAUUGUCACUUAUGGUGAUAAAUGCCUGUAUAUCAGCACAUAAUAAUGGAUAUUGUGAAAUUAAUUUUGAAGGUAAUCUACUAAAAACUCUUUGUAAAAGCAUUUCUUUAAAAAAAUUGUGAGAUUUCAUUAGAAUCAGAGAGACUGUGAUUUUAUUUUGUUUUAUAAUUUAUCUGAUUAAUUGAUGUGCCUUCUGAAAAUAAAGUUUAUUGUGUUGUA